UUGAGAAGAGCGAAUGAGUUUUGGCGAGUUUUAGGCGAGCGGCGAGCUAAACGAAGAGUUGAAGAGAAAGAUGGCGACAUGGAUGAAAGAGUUAUCUUCCCAUCUCAAAGAAAUACGUUUCCUCUUCUGUCAGACCUCUCCUCUCAGCUCAUCUACCAGGUCAUUUGUGGAGAAGAAUUACAAGGAUCUCAAGAAAUUGAAUCCCAGGUUCCCGAUUUUGAUCCGUGAAUGCUCCGGCACUCACCCUCAGUUGUGGGCCCGAUACGAUAAGGGUGUUGAAAAGAGUGUUCGUUUGGAUGGCCUGUCAGAGGAACAGAUCUCAAAAGCACUUGAAGGACUUGUUAAACUUGGACAGGGUGGCGUCCCAAAAGCUUGAACUUUUGUCUUUUGAGGGAUAUUGAUAAAAUUGUUGUUUUUUUCAAAUGUUUCAUGCCCUUCUAAAUAUCAUAUCCAUAUCUGUCUGUAUGAUGACUGUUCUGAGGUGGUACUCUGUUUUCCCCUGUAAUUUCGGAAAUGUUGCAUGAUCUCAAAUAAGUUUUGCAUCAGAGCUGCCAA